UCUGCAACACCGGCGGGAAACGAAAGCAGUAAACACAGCGCGAGACAGAUUCAAGCACUAGGGUAUAGUCAUGGCGUUACAGGGGAAAAGGAAACGAAUAAGUCACAUUUUAACCAACUCACAGAACUCGAACAGUCAGUCCACAUUACCCUGCGCUACACACACUGAACUGGGAGAUGAGCUGGGACAGCGCUUCGUGGAAGGAUCUAUUGUCCGCAUUACUAUGCAAAACUUCCUCACGUACGAUCACUCAGAAGUGUUUCCUGGUCCAAACCUGAACAUGAUUGUGGGAGCGAACGGAACCGGCAAGUCCAGUAUUGUGUGUGCUAUCGGUCUGGGACUGGCGGGAAAAACGGGCGUGCUGGGACGAGGGGAUAAGGUGGGACUGUAUGUGAAGAGAGGAUGCACUAAAGGCUCAGUGGAAGUGGAGCUGUACAGAGCUGCUGGAAACCUGGUGAUUAACCGUGAGAUGAACGUGGAGAAUAAUCAGAGUGUGUGGAUGAUUAACGGUAAACACACGAGUCAGAAGGUGGUUGAGGAGGCAGUAAAGGAGCUCCACAUUCAGGUUGGGAAUCUGUGUCAGUUCCUGCCUCAGGAGAAGGUUGGUGAAUUCGCUAAGAUGAGUAAGAUCGAGCUCCUGGAAGCCACGGAGAAAUCUGUCGGUCCACCAGAAAUGUAUAACUUCCACUGUGAGCUGAAGAACUGCCGCAGUAAAGAGAGGGAUCUGGAGAAUUUGUGUAAGGAAAAGGCCAACUUCCUGGAGAAAGCCCGGCAGAGGAACGAGCGCAACAAGGGGGACGUGGAGCGCUACCACGUGAGGAGGAGACAUCUCGACAGGAUCCAGAUGCUGGAGAAGAAAAGGCCCUGGGUGGAGUAUGAAACGACUCGUAAGGAACUGGAGGAAGUAAAGAAACAGAGAGAGGACAUGAAGAGGACGGUGAAGUCGCUGAAGGAAGCUCAGACUCCUCUAUUGAGAAAAAUCCAGUCCAUUGAGAACCAGCUGCAGCCCAUCGAGAACCAGAUGAAGGACAAGACCACCAGAAUCAGAGAGGCGUCACAGAAAUGUAAACAAAAACAGGACCAACUGGACUGGAAAUAUAAAGAGAUUGAUGACAUUAAGCAGGGUCUGAGUCUGAAGCGGACCGAGGAGGCGGAUCGGCAGAAGCGGAUCGGGAACACGCGCCGUAUGAUUCAGGAGUUGCAGACGGAGCUGGACAACAUUGGCAGCCAGGAGGACAUCACACCCAAGAUGGAGGCGGUUAACUCUGAGCUCAGGAGCAUCCAGGAGGAGAAAUCCAAGCUGGAAGAGGAAAGUCAGGAGAUGAGGCGGGAUAAAGACGAGGCCACGGGCGAGCUGAGACGUCUGCAGAAUCGUCUAUGCAGUUUGGAGGACAUGAUGAACAGGAAGGAGGAGAAGCUGCGUAGCCGUUUUCGGGACACCCACACGGCUCUGCUGUGGCUCAGGAACAACCGCCAUCUCUUCGAGGGAAAUGUGUACGAGCCCAUGAUGCUAGUGAUCAAUGUACGGGACCCACGGUACGCGAAAUAUGUGGAGAGCCAUGUUCCUAUAAACGACCUGAGAGCCUUCGUGUUCCAGAAGCAGCCGGAUAUGGAGAAGUUCAUGGCAGAGAUACGAGACAGACAGAGACUCCGAGUGAACAGCGUUAUUGCUCCCGCAGAGUCGUGUGCUAAUCGACCACCGUCACGACCCAUCGACUCUCUCAAGCGUUACGGGUUCUUCUCCUACCUGCGAGAGCUGUUUGAUGCCCCAGAUGAGGUGAUGAGUUACCUGUGUAAUCAGUACAGAGUUAAUGAGGUACCUGUUGGGACGGAGAAGACUAAGAACAUGAUUGAGACGGUGAUAAGAGAGUCUCAGCUGAGAAUGAUCUACACUGCAGAGGAGAAGUACACGGUGAAGAAGUCCACUUACUCCAACAAGACCAUCUCCAGUAACUCCGCCCUGCGGCCCUCUCAGUUCCUCAGCAUGACCAUCGACACCGACGAGAGACGACAUCUACAAGAUCAGCUCAGUGCAGCUCAGCAGCAGGUCCACAAUGUCGACGCCCGCAUGAACGCUAAUCAGGAGCAGCAGGUCAGACUGGAUCGCCGUGACAACGACCUCCGGGCUGAGAAGAAGCGUCUGUCAGAGCUGAAGGGCAAAAAGAGACAACUGGAGCAGAAGAUCAGCACCAAGCAGGAGAGUCUGAGGCAGAUGCAGCAGGUUGGAAUUGACCUUCAGAGAGCGGAAGAUGAAGCAAACGCCAGGAUCUCUCGUGUAAAUGAGCAGAAGGUGUCCAUAGUGGAGGAGUUCCUGCACUCCAUGAAGCACAGAGCCAGGCUGUGCAUGGAGAAGGUGUACUUGGCCCUGGACACUGCGGGGCUCAGUGCUGAGAAGACCAAACUGGAGUCUGACUGCAGGGAGGGGUCAGCUGAGCUAAGGAGGGCAGAGCAAGCGUUUACUGAGCUGGACCAGAGGAAGGCGAGUCUGUUGGAGACAUGUAAGAGACUGAUGAGGAGAGCCAGCGAGAUCUGUAACAUGAAACCAGGAGAGACUGUAGUACCAGAGAUAUUGCACACGGCGUUUAGUGAGCUGCCCAACACUCUGGAUGAGAUCGACGCCAUGUUGGAUGAAGAGAAGGCCAGAGCAGAAGGGUUCGCUGACCUUAGUGAAAGAGUGGUGGAGGAAUAUAACCAGAGAGAGAAGGAGAUAAAAGAGAUGGAGAAGGAGCUGGAGGAGAAGACCAAAGCUCUAAACACCUACAGACAGAACAUCUCUGAGGCGAAGGAGCGCUGGCUGAUUCCCCUAAAGCAGUUGGUGGAUCAGAUUAAUGAGAAGUUCAGUGAUUUCUUUCGCUCUAUGAACUGUGCUGGAGAAGUCGACCUGCACUCUGAGAAUGAGGAGGAGUAUGAUAAAUACGGGAUCCGUAUCCGGGUGAAGUUCCGCAGCAGCACUCAGCUACACGAGCUCACUCCUCACCAUCAGAGCGGCGGUGAGCGCAGCGUCUCCACCAUGCUGUACCUCAUGGCCCUGCAGGAGCUCAACCGCUGCCCCUUCAGAGUCGUCGACGAGAUCAACCAGGGGAUGGACCCAGCCAAUGAGAGGAGAGUGUUUGACAUCGUAGUGAAAACUGCGUGCAGUGGCAAAACCUCGCAGUAUUUCUUCAUCACACCAAAGCUUCUUCAGAAUUUGAAAUAUGCAGAUGAGAUGACGGUUCUUUGCGUCCACAACGGCCCCCACAUGCUUCCAGCUCAUAAAUGGAACGAGAAGGCCUUCCUCAAACAUGUUAGACGGAGGAGCAACCAGUAACACCAUCCGUCUCUUUUCACACACAGCACAAAUGACAUCUAUCCCACAGUGCCUGUUUCUCUGUAAGAUCUUCACUGACUCCUAUUUAUAUUACAUUGUUCAUUUGUACAUUUUAUAUAUUUUUGAGAAAUUGUUAAAGAAUAAAGUUAAUAGUUGAAGUUCCAGGUGAAAUGAACAGAA